CCCUUUUCCAGGUCUCUCAUUUCUCUUUCGUUUGGGUCAAAUGAUUGCUGUACAUUAGUUUCGGCUUCUUGCAGUCGUGAUGCUGAGUAUGAAGAGGCUGGUUGUUUCCACCCUCGUUUUCCUGAUUUUUAGCCUAACCCUGGCCACGCUCAAACUGUAUCUACCCGCUCAUUCAGACAGUUUCUCGAGCUCGCAGUCCAGGUCAACAGAGCAAACCGCAACCACUACCGCUACCUCAUCACUCGACGUUUCUAAGCCCGUGAAAUCAUCACCACUACCUCUAGAGUAUUACAUAGAGCCUGGUGGUGACGGAACCUGCUCUCGUUUUUCACCUUCCUAUCUCGAAGAUUUCCACGCGCAUACCGCUUCGUACUGCAGUCCGGAAUCGCCCGCACAACUAAUAUGUUUCCAUCGAUUCUCGGGUUUCGACGGCAAGACGGAUUCUCUCUGUUAUGCGCAAGGGGCCGUCCUAGACGCUAAAAAGGGAAAGUUUUACUUGAACUGCGAUUUAAGACAGUUGUCGGAUGAGGAAAAAGACAAUGGUAUCCUGCCGUUUGGUAGACUGCCCUCGUAUUGGUACGAGACUGGCCCCGGCAAUAUUUUCUCAGCGGCUAUCGGUGUAAGAGCGUCGAAAGAUGGUUUAGACAUCAAGGGGGAAAAGAGUGGCAAUAAGGAAAAGAAAAGCGAUCCGCAGAGCACGCCCCAGGCGGUUGCAACUAAAUCGGCACCCUCUAUAACACCUCCCAGGACAAUACUUCUUCUGAAGCGUGAGGGUGAUGGAAACACGUGGCACUGUCUCAUGGAAAUCUUCUCGACUUUUAUGACAUUCGAUAUCUUGCGCAUUCUUGGUGGUGUAUCCGGCGACCAACCGCCUCUUUUCAGAGACCCAGGCGACUCCCAGGACUCCCAGGCCAUCGUCCUUGAUCAUCACUCUGACGGCCCCUACUUUGACCUGUGGACGUUAUUCGCGAAAAGGAAACCUUUGCGACUCUCCGAGUUACUCUCCGAUCAAACCACCGUCGACAACCUUGGUUUAGUUAAUCUGAUCAUUCCUCUUGCUGGAAGCAGCAAUCCAUUCUGGAAAGAUGAUACAGAGGCAAGUCAGUGCACCAACUCCCCGAAUCUGAACGUAUUUAGCCAUCGCGUGCUCGACUUUUAUGGAAUAAAACACCCUUCAUCCCGUGGGCGGGGAGGCCCCAUCAUCGUCACCUGGGUGUGGCGCCAACAUCGCCGUUUGAAGAACGAGAAUACCCUUCUCGCCGAGCUCGGCAGGAGGAAUUCACACAUUACGGUUCGAAUGGUCGACUUUGCUGCCAACCCAUUUGGCGAGCAGAUUCGCAUUGCUCAGGAGACAGACGUGCUCGUCGGGGUGCACGGCGCAGGGCUGACCCAUUCCAUGUUCAUGCGCCGGGGCGCUGGCGCCGUUGUCGAGAUUCAACCAGAGGGAUUUGAACACCAUGGGUUCCGGAACGUUGCUGGGAUGCGUAAUCUCGGAUACUUCCGCACCCAUGCUAAGUCCAUCACAGUAGAGAACUGGACCGCUGGAGAAACAGGAGAGGCAGUAGAUAGCAUGCAAUACGGGAUAAGGCGAAAGGCUGCCGGAGACGAUGGCCACAGUGUCACCAUGGUAGAAAGGGGGGAAAGGCUUGAAAAACGAGACUGGCAUGACAUGGACAUUGAGAUAGAAGAGGGUCGAUUUUUCGAAAUUGUAGAAACAGCUAUCAAGUUUAUGUAUACUAAGGGGCCAUGGUCAUUGGAUAUGAAUUAGCCUGGAUAUAUAGGCAAGUGCUUUAGCUCAGUCACGAUAAUGAGAUAAGUAUUAGAUAUUUCGCUCAACUCGCCUCCUUAAUGUUACGAAGCUAUCUUGGACGCGCCAAGGGCCACCUAACUAAGAUUAUCAAGGACGUUUCCAGCCUGGGCAUAUAACUUCAAAACAUCAAGUCCGUUUUCUCGCCACAUUCAAGAGCGCAU